AUGCCGAAGAAUAAAGGUAAAGGAGGAAAGAAUCGACGUCGUGGAAAGAACGACAAUGAUGAGAAUAAACGUGAUCUGGAGUUUAAGGAAGAAGGACAAGAAUAUGCACAGGUCGUACGAAUGCUGGGCAACGGUCGUCUAGAGGCUUACUGCUUUGAUGGCGUGACGCGCUUAGGUCAUAUUCGUGGCAAGAUGCGUAAGAAAGUGUGGGUCGGUGCAGGCGACAUUAUUCUCGUGAGUUUGCGCGAGUAUCAGGACGGCAAGGUGGAUAUUAUUCAUAAAUACAAUGCUGACGAGGCUCGUAGUCUCAAAGCGUAUGGAGAACUACCAGAUAAUGCACGCAUCAAUGAGACAGCCGUGGAUAUGGCUAUGGAGGGCGAUGGCGAGGACGAUAUUGGCUUUGAUUUUGACGACAUCUAA